GUCGAAAGCAAAUGAUUGGUUCGUCUGCCAGUUGAGGUACCUCCUUUUACGUCUUUUGCUUUCAGUAUCGGGACUAGGAUCGGCUACGAUCAUCUCGACCCUACCCAAAUUGGAAAAAUAGAGAGCCAUGGCAACCGAAAACGUCGUUGCCGGGGUGAAGCUGGCCGAGGAGGAGAUCGAUGAUAUCCUCUUCUUCGCCCGAGCAGGCCAGCUCGAGGAGCUGCAGGAAACGUUCGAUGAGCUCUGCAAGAAACACUCAUCGGCAGAGAGAAGCGUAGAUGAGCUCAAGGAAAACAUCAUCAAGGCGACUAGAAAUGAAACGGGCAACACGGCACUGCAUUACUGCUGUGCCAAUGGACAUAAGGGCGUCGCAGACUAUCUAAUACCAUCCAGCUCGCUUAGCACCUUGUUGGCGCAAAAUGAAGCGGGGAAUACACCGUUGCAUUGGGCAGCACUCAAUGGACACGUGGAAGUCGUGCAGUCGCUUGUCGAUGCGAUCGAGAAAGCCGAAUUAUCGCAAGACGCAGCCAAAUUAUCAGUAUCUGAAGAGCAGCCAGGCGCAGCAUUUCAAGCGCCAGCAGAAGCAGUGCCGACAGCAGCAGCACAGCAAGAACAAGCUUCGCACGCAGCGUCUCACGACCCAGAAGAUCCACCCCCUCCACCUCCCGCAUGGGACAUUCGCAACAAAGCAGGCCGAGGCCCAAUGUCCGAGGCGCAGCUCAACUCGCAGGAGAAGGUGGUGCAAUUCUUGCUGGAGCGUAUGGUCGUUGGGAGCAACCAGAAUGGCGGGAGCAGGGCAGAUGGCGAGUCAACAAAAGAAGUGGCCCCAGAUGAGGACGUAGGUGAGGAGCCGGCGGAAGCGACAGCGACUGUGAAUGGCUCUACCGAGAAUGCAACUUCGUCUUGAUGCACUCCAUGUGAUAUCGCAUGCAAAAUUGUAUUUUAAAUUCAUGGCAAG